AUGCCCCUCGAUACCUCAACAACCUACCCCCUCACCAAACUCCGCCUCGAUGGUCGACGAUGGAACGAACUCCGCCUCCUCCAAGCCCAAAUAUCCACCAACCCCGCCAGUUCAGGCUCUUCAUAUCUCUCCAUGGGCAACACAUCAAUAAUGUGCACCGUCCACGGUCCGCACGAGACCAGCGGGGCAGGUAGCAGCGCCACAGAAGCCGUUGUUGACGUCGACGUAAAUAUCGCGGGUUUUGCGGGCGUGGAUCGCAAACGGAGGGCUGGCGGCAGCGAUAGACAAUCAACCCAACUCUCAACAGCACUCAAAUCCGCGUUCCAGUCUCAUCUGCACACAUCGCUCUACCCGCACAGCACAAUUACAGUUCAAGUCUCCGUUCUGUCGUCGGACGGCUCCCUGUUUGCGGCGGCCAUAAAUGCAUGUACCCUCGCUCUCGUGGAUGCCGGCAUCCCCAUGCCAGGAUUGCUUUGUGGCUGCACAGCGGGUGUGAGUGGUAGCGCAUCUACGCCUCGAGAUCCUUCCGCCUCGUCGGAAGAGUCGCUGGACCCGCUACUCGAUUUGUCGUUACCGGAGGAGCAGGAGCUACCGUUUAUAACGAUUGGGACUACGACGCCACUGCCUGCUGCGUCGGCGGCGGCGGCGGAGGAUGAUGUGGAUGAUAUGAAGGUUUCGGUGUUGCAUAUGGAAACGAGGGCGCAUACGUCGUAUUUGGAUGCUAUGCUUGCAGUGGGGAUUGAUGGAUGUAAGCAAAUUCGAGAAAUUCUAGAAGGGGUGAUUAAGGGGUCGAAUGGGGGUGUAGUGUCGGGGUAUGGGGAUGGUGAUGAGAGGGAUGAGAUGGAUAUAUGA